CGUUCCGGAAGUGGGCGGGGUUUGGUGUUGCCAGAGCCUUGUCGGGAAAGGUCCACGUGUUUCUUGUGUGUAUCUUGGGCGCGGGUCUGGUGUAUGUUGUGGAUUUUGGAACUUAAUCUAGCUUUCGGAAAGAUAUUUGGCCAUGUGCCCAUAAAGGUCUGUCAGUUAAUAAAGAUAUGGACUGACUUUGAAAAAAAUAGUUGCAUCUACACACUCUCGAGCAAUGGAGCCGGAGGAAGCAAACAAAAUAGCUAUAAAACGUUCUCUGGUUGAAGAUGGUGAGGAGCAAACUGAAUCCGAACAACAUAAGAAGAUCAAGCUUUCAGAAACUGGUAUAUCUUCCAAUCAGUCUGGUACUGGUAAACAUACAGAAAUAAUUGAGGGUGGUUUGCAAGCCCUCCCUUCUAGACCAAAUGAGAAUAAUGAGAAAGAAGAUGAGGAAGAAAUAGAUAAUGCUGCACAUGAGGAAGAUGAAGAAGGUGAUGGAGACAGCUUUGCUGAUAUGAUGAAAUAUAGCUUGGUCGAACAAGAUGUUGGAAUCACAAAGUUUGUCAGCAGUCACCAAGGUUUCUCAGGAAUUCUGAAGGAAAGGUACUCAGAUUUUGUUGUUCAUGAAAUAAACAAGGAAGGGAAGAUAGUUGUUCUGGAUGAUUUGUCUGUACCAGCUGAUAAUGAGGAACCAUCAGAGGACAUUUUUUCUGUUUUGUCUGCUCAAGAUAAGCAACGUUUAGAAGAUCUUCAGCACUUUAAGAAUAAGGAAGACUCUGUUGCGAUAGAGGUUGUUGAAGAUACUAAAGAAAAAAGAACAGUUAUUCAUCAGGCUGUGAAGAGUCUCUUUCCUGGGCUAGAGACUAAAACUGAAGAAAGAGAAGGAAAGAAAUUUAUUGUAGCCUACCAUGUUGCUGGGAAGACUGCAUUGGCAAAUCCAAGAAAGCAUUCGUGGCCCAAAAGCAGGGGGAGCUACUGCCACUUUGUACUUUAUAAGGAAAACAAAGACACAAUGGAUGCUAUUAAUGUGUUGUCUAAAUAUCUGAGGGUAAAACCAAACAUAUUUUCUUACAUGGGAACCAAAGAUAAAAGGGCUAUAACAGUACAAGAAAUUGCAGUCGUAAAAAUCACAGCACAGAGGCUUUCUCAUCUGAACAAAUGCUUAAUGAACUUCAAGCUAGGGAAUUUCAGUUACAAAAAAUAUCCCCUGAAGUUGGGUGAAUUGCAAGGAAAUCAUUUUACAGUGGUUCUGAGGAACAUCACUGGAUCAAAUGAACAGGUAGAGCAAGCAAUGACUUCACUUCGGGACAUUGGAUUUAUUAACUACUAUGGAAUGCAAAGAUUUGGAACAACAGCAGUUCCUACUUACCAAGUAGGAAAAGCAAUUCUGCAUAACAAAUGGAGUGAAGUUAUAGAUCUAAUCCUAAAGCCUCGACCUGGAGCAGAGAGAGGUUAUCUGGUGAAAUGCAGAGAAGAAUGGGCUAAAACCAAGGACCCUGAGGCUGCAUUGAAAAAACUUCCUGUGAAAAGGUGUGUAGAAGGACAGUUGCUGCGAGGUUUGGCAAAAUAUGGAAUGAAGAACAUUGCAUUAGCAUUUGGUAUGAUUCCAAGGAAUAAUCGACUAAUGUACAUUCACAGUUAUCAGAGCUAUGUGUGGAAUAAAAUAGCAAGCAAAAGGAUUGAAGAAUAUGGACUUAAAGCCGUGCCAGGAGAUUUGGUGCUGAAAGGAGUAACAGCAGUUCCAAUUGAAGAAUCUGAUGUAGAGAAACACACUAUACAUGAUAUAGUGAUGCCCUUGCCUGGAUUUGAUGUUCUCUAUCCAAAGCAUACAAUUGGCAAGGCCUAUGAAGAAAUGAUGGCCACAGAUGGCUUGGAUAUAAAUAACAUGAAACACAAAAUUCGAGAUUAUUCCUUAUCAGGAGCAUACAGGAAGAUCAUUAUUCGCCCUCAGAAUGUCACCUGGGAGAAUUUAGUGUAUGAUGAUAACAAAAUUCCAUUGGUUCACACUGAUGUGGAAAAGCUGGAAGGAAUACCUUUGCCUGAAUCCUCUAAAGAUGGUAAAUAUAAAGCUCUGAAAAUGGAUUUCUCACUUCCUCCCUCUACUUAUGCUACUAUGGCUAUUCGAGAGGUGCUGAAAAUGGACACAAGCAUCAGAAAUCAAACUCUGUUGAAUACGGUCUGGUUGCGAUAACCUGUUAAAUGUUCUGAGAAUCUUUAGAAAAAUGGAAUGUGCUAUGUUUCAAAUGAGUCAGUAUUGUUUUGUAACAGCUACUGAAAUGUUCAAGCAAAAUGCUACUUUCAUUUCAUUCACAUAAGCAAAAUAAUUAUUUUAAGAUUAAGUUUUAACAUUGGAGGGUUGAUUUUAUUUUUCGGAAGUUUGUGGAAGUUAAUGAUGACUUUAAAGGGUGUUAUGACAAAAUUGAUCAAUAAACAUAUCUUUGGUAUUAUACACA